AUGCUAAUCCUCGUUAUCCCCGUUAAAGCCAUUUUCCAUGAAUCAAGAUCGCCAACAGCAUUUCGUAAUGGUCAUUCUGCGCGAAAGGGCGCAAGUGAGCAAUUGCCAUCGAAAAAUGAAGCCAUCGCAAUAAAUCACCACAUCUAUCGUAGUGGUGGUAUUCAUCAAGCAGUUGCGAUGAUUGAAAGUAGCGUUGAAUUAUUGCCUUGGUCUAAUAUCGGUGCUGUUGGUUUAGUGUCAAAAUGUGCUGAAAUCGAACGCAACGUAUUCGCCUGUGAAAUGGAUUCAUCAAUGCUUAUCAUCAUCAUUGUCACGGGCAUUCUUACAGGUAUUCUUGUGCCGACGUUCUUCAUAAGCUUAUAUAUCUGCGGCUUCUAUUCAUAUGUAUCCCAGAUUAUGACUGGUCGUUACAAAUGCGAUUUUGAAACCGAAGCACUGAACGGGAAAACACCUCCAGCAGGUUCCAUUUCGGAAACAGACGUGAACUUUUCUGCGCAUGUAGUGGAAAUAAGUGAAACUACAAACCGAAAGAGCGAUUCAUCGGAGUGUGUUGAUAAAUCGCAGGAAAAGCAAAGGCUCGAGAUUUGCAUCACUGAAGCACUGGUUUUCCAUGCGGUUGAAAUCUCACUGCAUUCUAAUCAUUUUCCCAGUUUAACGUGGCGUGGGUGGUUUGCUCAAGGCAGAGGGGGAAAAGGUGAAACUGAUCAAAAUGAACGAACCGGUGAGGAAACGAAUAGCAACGUAUUGGAAUCUGGAAAUCAACCAGUUCAAGAAUCGUCGACUAACUCAGGCAGGAAUACUUCUCCGGGCAUAAGGCCAUCUGGCCAGAAGGGUUCAAAGGAUCUCGACAAGAGUGUUGUUGCGCUGUCGUUGCAAGAUGCUGUGCUCAAACGAUCUAGCCAACCUAAACAACCAGCACGUGAUCAACACGUCACUGUAAAAAUCGAACGCAUAGAUGAAGAUGAUGAAAAAGAGCAAUCGCCGAUGAGUUCAGUCACCGGAAGGAUAUUAUCCACAGAUGAGAGCAGCUCGAGUAGUGAGGAAUCUGAGCGGAAUGUUAGAUCACGAAGGCAGAAAAGUAGGAUUAACCGAACGGAAACCGAAGAAUACAAACCGUUAUCGACAGAAGCUUCGGAAAGUCGAAAAUUGGUAUGUUAUUGGCCAAAUGAUCUCAUAGAUCCAGUUGGUGGUUUGUUUCUGUGUGAAGAAUAUGGCACGUGCCUUGUCUGA